GCAUUUGGGAUGUUAUGUUUUGUUGAUUUUGGUAAGUUAAGUUUCAAAUGCAAAAUAUAGUAAAAUACUAAAAUGUGUAUUUCAGUGCAAAUUCUAGUAAUUACAAUCAUUAUAUAACAUUUUCAAGUAAACGAUCCGAGGGCAAAAUCGACUAUUUACCUAAAAUUAAUAAAACUACUCCAGUCCAGAGAUACAAAUGUAGUAGUCGGAGACUGGGAAAGAUGCCGUUGGGGAAAUACUACUGCGAUUAUUGUGACAAACAAUUCCAGGACACUCCGCCAUCACGGCGGCGCCACCUCAAAGGCGUUGCUCACCAGAGGGCCAAAGCUCUCUGGUACGAUGCCCUUCGCGCCUCCUCACAAUUUGGUCUGGAUCAGGUUGAUGACUUCCAGUCCAUCAGCAAAGGCGUCUGCCAUCGCUUUGUCCGUACGCGUUCUUGCCAUUAUAGAGAGUCAUGCAAGUAUCAUCACCCCAAGAAUAAUUUGACAAAUAUGAAUGCUCAAAGAUUGGAAGGAACAACUGCUGCUAGUAAUGCCCUGUCUGGGGGUAUUCCCAAUAGUCAUUUGACUGGAGGAGCCAAUCUGCCUGCUGUGUUCCUUGGCGAUCAAAUGGGAAUGUCGCUUGGAAAUCUACCUCCAUCGUUGUUGCCUCCUCCAGAAGGCGGAUUUCCAUCUAUGCCCUUUGUCGAUUGGGGAUAGGUGUGCCACCCUUCAUUUAUACCAAGCUCUAGUUAAUUAUUCAAAUAUUUGUAGUGCUUAUUCUUCAAAUUUUAGCUUGUAUUUACUACACCUAGAAGUUCUUGUGACCUUAAAUACAUGAAUCCUCACCUUAUUACGCCUUUUUCAUGAUACAUUGUCCUGAAUGUAUAUUCACACAGCUUUAUAGAACCAGUAUAUAUUUCCUUGUCUAA